AUGUUCCGAGCUGUUCUUCUGCUUGCUCUGGUGGCACCCGCGGUAGUCUACGGUAAUGUGAGCCGCGCCUGCACCAACGGACGUCCUCAACCAACGCAUGUGCACAUACACGGUUGCAGCGCUGCACCGUGCGAGCUGGUCCGUGGUGAAGACGUGAUCGCCGACAUCGACUUUACCACCAAUCGUCCCAUUCAAUCGAUGACGACGGUUGCUACGGCGACCGCGCUCGGUGUCGUCACUAACUAUCCGCUCGGUACGAAUGCCCACACCUGCAACUUCCUGCAGGGCUCGCAGUGUCCCCUUAGUACGAACGAGGAUGUAACCUACCAGCUCCGGAUGCCGAUUCUUGCGAUCUACCCGUUGGUUAGUCUGAGCAUUGAGAUCAAUGUGAUUGAUCAGGCUAGCGCGUCGGUUACCUGCUUCGUCGUGGAUGCCCAGGUUGUCACACGUACCUAG